CCAGACCUUGUCCUGCUCCUGGCUUUUGUCCCAGCUAUGCAAAAGAGGAAAAGGGCUGUGGCUAUCAGUCCCAGAAGCCUAGGAUGCAACAAGCUUUCAAUUUGUGGCAACUGACUGUGUGAUCAGCACUAAGGGAUCCAGGGGACCGUCCUCUAUGGCACUCUUUGGAUAUAUCUGAGUAAUCAGGACCAAGAAAAAUCUCUUUGCCAUGUCCAUCAUCCUCCCAGUAAGGUGCUGCCUCUUAGUUUGUCUACUGGGGAUGUACAGACUGUGUGGAGCUGCCCUUCCUUCUCCAUUUCUCUCAUUCUCAGCUGGCUAUGCCACUUACCUUAUUGGAGAGCCAGUGUACCUUCAAUGCCUUGCUAAUAGUACUCUCACUGUCCACGGGUACCGCUUCUUCAAAAACAACCAAGAGGUGCAGAGCACAAUGGGAUCCUUUGGGAAUCAGUUUACAAUAAAUAUGGUGAACACAGACCACGCUGGAUCAUACACCUGUAUUUAUUGGGUGUCUGACUCUAGGGGGUUGCAGACAUCUUCACACAGCCCCCCUGUGACCCUCUCAGUCCUGGACCAACCCUCCACACCUGUACUACUAAUCAAGCCCAAACAUCUUCUCUAUUUUGUGGGAGAAUCUGUGACCCUGGUUUGUGACCACCCACAUGUCAAUUCCCAGCUUGUUUAUAGCUUUCAGAAAGAUGGCACAGAGUUACCGCACAGGGAUUUGCUGCAAUCUGAGCUCCGCUUUUCUCACCUGAGCACUAAGGAUUCUGGAGCAUAUGACUGCCAGUACUGGCUAACAGGACACCCAAGGAGGAUUAUCUCAUCCAGAAGUGUCUCCCAAAAACUUUAUGUGACAGAUCUUUCCGCUUCACCAGUCCUUAAUUUCCAGCCUCCAUAUUCAACAUUUAUUUUGGGAGAAAAUCUCACCUUGGAGUGUGUGGCUCCUUCUCCUGUUCCUGUUACUUUGUUUCGCUUGUACAAAGAGGGAAGGGAGAUGAUAGGUUCUCCAAACCCACACUCUGGAAGGCACACACUUUAUAAUGUCACCAAAGAAGACCAAGGAGAGUAUACAUGUAUGUACUGGAGCACAAAAGGCCAGAGAGAAAUUCCAUCCACUCAGAGUACAGCAAGAAAGUUCAAUGUGAUAGCUCCACUGCUUCCACCCUUACUCUCUCUAGAUCCUCCCAAUGGUCGGAUUUGGGAUGGAGGAAAUGUGACUUUAUUCUGCACCAUACUUUCUCAUUUUGAAAGGACUACCUUUCAUUUUCUUACUGAGAAAGAAGAAAUAUUGAGUGUGUCCACCAAUAAAACAGAGACAAGAAAGUCAAUAACCAUUACAGUUCGGAAGAGCAAUGCUACUGCAGCCAAAUACUUUUGUCAGUACACAGUGGAAAUCAAUGGACGUUUGUUACUUUCACCUAAGAGCUCUCAAGCUGAAAUAACUGUGAUAACUGGCUCGGUAUUCUGGCUGAUAGCUGCAGGAGUUGUUGCUGGAAUUGUUGUAUUAUUUAUAAUGAUUCUUCUGCUCUACUGGGUUCUACGUUCCAGAAUAGACCAAACUGAAAGUGCUCCCAAGACUCCUGAAGUAUCUUCUGAAGACAGUGGAAAAUUCAUCUCAUCAAGAUCUCAAGACAAAUGUUAAGACAAACGUGUAUUAAUAAUUUACAAUGUGGACAUCUGGCCAAUGAAUGAAGAGUUCCCUUAUUACACACACUUUUUAAUGACUACCUCAAGUUGAGCCUUCUGUAUUUUGUAAUCUCACUAUACAUUGUAAAAAUGCUUUUACUGAGUAAGAUGUCUGCCCAGCAAACCAUACUAUAAACCGCAUAUAUGCCUUUAUCAAUCUAUAUAUGCAGGUUAAUUAAUGACACAAUUUCUUUUAU